CCGGGCGUUAAAGGAUGAGAGAUGAAGAGCGUCCAGCCUCCUUCGCGCUGAUAACAGACUCCGGCAUCCUUCGGUCUGAGAGAUGACUGGUCCUCUCUCCCUCUGCUUCCUCCUGCUCUCUGCUCUCGCCCUCAGUUUAACUGCUGGUUAUUUAACCAUUUCCAUUGAGCCGCUUCCUCCCGUCAUCAUCGGAGACACGGUGACGCUCAAGUGCAACUUCCAAACGGAUGGCAACCUCAGGGAGAUCGUUUGGUUUCGGGUAAUAGAAGGAGGCAGUGCUAAGCAAAAGAUUUUCACCUAUGACGCCAUGUACAACGUCACGUACUCCCACAUGGAGGCCAACCACAGACGAGAGGACCUUGUCUACCAGUCAACAGUGCGGCUUCCUGAGGUCCAGAUGGAGAACGACGGCAUGUACGAGUGUCACGUUGGCGUCUACGACAGAGGCUCCAGAGACAAAGUGAUUCUCGCCUCUGGCAGCAUCGACCUCGUUGUCAUAGUGCCUCCAAAAUCCAUCUCUGUGGUGGCAGCAAACAGCCCGGCACCGUUCAGCCGCUACAAGGCCCAGAACUUCACCCUGGUUUGCAUCGUUACAGGAGCGAAACCAGCUCCCGUGGUGUACUUCAGGCGCGAUGGCGAGCUCAUCGAUGUGGUGCCGACAACUCAGUCUUCGUCCCCAGCGGGAGACCAAAGCAAGGGCUCGGCUAAAGACAAAACCCGGGCCGCGAGUCAGGCGGGGCUCCGGACUCCCCAGGUUCUCCCUAGUCGAGACCUCGACGACACUAAGGUCCAGAAGUCCCAGCCCCUGGUGGAGCAGGAGGGGAAGCUGGCGCGGCUGGACCAGGACGGCCCCGCCGGUCCCGGGCCGGGCCGGGGGGGAGGGUCGGAGCUGAACACUGAGCCGACAAGCGAGGUGAUCCCGGAGACGGUGGUGAGCCGGGAGUUCCCCCGCUGGGUCCAGAGCAGCGACCCGCUCUACUACUUCCAGCACCGGCAGCAGGCGACAGGGGACGGCACCAUGGAGGUGAGGGCCCUGCUGACCUGGAGUCUCAACCCCCAACUGGACAACGAAGCUCUGUUCAGCUGUGAGGUCAAUCACCCAGCUCUGUCCAUGCCCAUGCAGGCUGAAGUCACACUGGCUGCUCCCAGAGGACCCAGGCUGACAGUCACUCCCAGCAGAGCCACGGUGGGGGACACGGUGAGGAUCACCGUACAGGGCUUCCAGCUGGGACCUUCUGCAAGCGACGUCUUCCCCGAGCCCAUGUACACCUGGACCAGGGUCGGCGGUCAUCUCCUGGACGGCAGAGAAGAGCACGAGGGCAGGGAGCUCAUCCUGGACCGAGUCCCCGCCGAGCUCAACGGCUCCAUGUUCAGAUGCACGGCCCAGAACCCACUGGGCUCCACGGACACCCACACCCGCCUCAUCGUGUUCGAAAACCCAAGACAGAAAAAAGGAAAGCAGUACACAGCCAUGGAUGAAGCAGCGAGCCAACGCUCCCUGACGUUACUCUACAUGUUGCUGCUGCUGCGACUCACCCGCGAGCUGACGUGACCCGAAGCCCCGCUGCUCACGACCAGACCGCCGCCACCUACGUGUACCUGAGGCACCUGCACCCUGGUAGUAGCCUAAACCUCCACACAGCUGUUAGCCGCAGCACUGGGCUAAGCUGGGACCUUCAGAAGGUGCACCAGGACUCG